GGGAUUUUGUUUGCCGGAAAGAGAAAAAGCUAGAUACACCAGUUCUAGAGAAUGGAGAUAAUUGGAGUGUGGGUAGCAACAACUUGCUUCCCUGGGCCGGGCUUUACUAAAACAGGCAAGAAUUUUGGUUCUUGAUGAAGCCACUGCUUCAGUUGAUUCAGCUACAGAUAAUCUAAUCCAGAAGAUCAUCCGAACAGAGUUUAGGGACUGCACUAUGUGCACUAUUGCUCAUCGUAUCCCAACUGUUAUUGACAGUGAUCUAGUUCUGGUCCUCAGUGACGGUGGAUCCCCAAGAUAUUGUUAUGCUGUAAUGAUAGCAGGGCUUUACUUCUUUGACCACAGUGUUGCUUCACAGAAGGCGCAACAAAAGUUCAAUCUCAAAAAUCCUUCUGCUUACCAUUAUGACAUCGUCUUGUUGGGAUUCAUGACUUUGCUUUGUGGACUGAUUGGACUUCCUCUUUCAAAUGGGGUCAUCCCGCAGUCUCCGAUGCACACCAAGAGCCUAGUUGUUCUCAAACGGAAGGUAGACGUAAAAAAUUUAAAAACAAUGGAGGAAUUAUUUACUUAUACCCUAAUCUGCUUUUAGGUCCGGAUGUUGAAUUUGUUCGCUCGUGUUUUUGGGAUGUUGAAUUGUGCAUUUUGUCUAUAUGGGCCUGUUUGUUUUGGGUUAUGUAGAUGGAAAGGGAUUAGGAUGGUGGAGUUGUUAUUUAGUGUUGUGUUUGUUUGUAGAGUUGGGGAGGGGAUUAGGAUGGUAGAGGUGAUAUAGAUGGAGGUUGGGGAGGGGAUUGAGAUGGAGGAGGUGGAGAUGGUAUUAGAAAAAUAGU